CAUACCCAGCUCCCUAAGCCGUUCCUCAUAAGGCAUCGUUUCCAGGCCUUUGACCAUUUUGGUUGCCCUCCUCUGGACACGUUUUCCAGCUUGUCAGUAUCCUUCUUGAACUGUGGUGCCCAGAACUGGACACAGUAUUCCAGGUGAAGUCCUUUAGAAGCCUCGUUUGUGCCUUCCUAGCUUUGGAAACCAGCAGGUCUUAAGGACAGCCUUGCUGGAAUGCAAACCUCUCUUCUUUGCAGUUAGACUUUUCUUGCUGCCUCUCCGCCUGCCCCUUCUAAAUCUCUCCCCGGGUCACUCUGGAGUCUUCUUGCUGUUAUUUUUGCAUAAGAGUACAGCACAUACUUUCGUGGCAUCCUAAUAGGCCUCAUUUAUACUACGUGAAGACAAGUUGUCUCAGGCCUGUUUACAAACCCCUAAUAAGCUCCAGGCCACCCAGUUUGUCCAGCUGACGGCUGUUCUCAAGUGUCAACGCACUACCAGGUUGGACUUGCAGGGAACAAGUGCCACGACCGUCAGAGUGAUGCUCUGGGCAUAAUUUUAUGUCACUUAUUGAUGAGCAAAGAUCACAUGGGAAGGGUAGAAGAAGCGAGGAUCUGAUCUAAUUCUUGCUGAUUCUUCUUAGCAGCUCCAGAGGUGUUCGAACACCUUUAAACGUGUCCCCUUAGAAGCCCUAACUUUUACCUGGAACGUAACCAAAUAUUACUAUUCAGGAUUCAAAAGCAUGUACGGUCAUACCUCGGUUUAAGUAUGCUUCGGCUUGAGUACUUUCAGUUUAAGUACUCCGCGGACCCGUCUGGAAAGGAUUAAUCCACUUUCCACUACAUUCAAUGGGAAAGUUCGCUUCAGGUUAAGUACGCUUCAGUUUAAGUACUCCGCGGACUGUCUGGAACGGAUUAAUCCACUUUCCAUUACUUUCAAUGGGAAAGUUCGCUUCAGGUUAAGUACGCUUCAGUUUAAGUACUCUGCGGACCGUCUGGAGCGGAUUAAUCCACUUUCCAUUGCUUUCAAUGGGACAGUUCGCUUCAGGUUAAGUACGCUUCAGUUUAAGUACUCCGCUGACCCAUCUGGAACGGAUUAAUCCACUUUCCAUUACUUUCAGUGGGAAAGUUCGCUUCAGGUUAAGUACGCUUCAGUUUAAGUACUCCGCGGACCCAUCUGGAACGGAUUAAUCCACUUAUUACUUUCAAUGGGAAAGUUCGCUUCAGGUUAAGUACGCUUCAGGUUAAGUACAGACUUCCGGAACCAAUUGUGUACUUAAACCGAGGUACCACUGUAAUCCUCAGUUUAGGCCAUCUCCUCUUUCUUUGCUGUACGCCAGCUCACCCCUGACAACGCAAUCUAAGAGGAUUGUGUUGUAGGCCUAAAAAAGUGGCUUAGUUCUGCAGUGGGUUAAGAUAGCAGGGGCUUAGUGUGGUCAAAGCUUGUUGAGGCUUAUGCUGAGAGUCACAUUGCACGAGAACCAAGUCACUUCUGCAUAAGGCAGCGUGAGAAUCCUGCCUGCAUUUUUGUCAUGUUUGGUGAAUGUAUUCGUGCCUCCCAAUGUGCACAGAGGCAAGCUACAACUAGUAGCUGAUUCUUCCCUAUGAGCAUGUGGUGAAGCAGAAAUAUUUUGCCAUGUGUCAAACCUCAAGAUAUUGAGUACAGGAGCAUUAAUUUCCUCCAGCCGUUUCCGUUUCCUGUUCGUUUAUUUAAUGUUACUUUUAUGUCCCAACUUCCCCCCAUGGAGUUCGAUGUGUACAGGCUUCUCCCUCUCCCUCCACCGAAUCCUCACAACAACCCUGCGAAGUAGGUUAGGCCAGGAGAUGGUGUCCGGCCCAAGUACACCCAGUGGGCUGAGUGGAGAUUUGAAAGCUGAUCACCCGGGCUCUAGUCCAGGCACCCCCCAAACUUCGGCCCUCCAGAUGUUUUGGACUACAAUUCCCAUCUUCCCCGGCCACUGGUCCUGUUAGCUAGGGAUCGUGGGAGUUGUAGGCCAAAACAUCUGGAGGGCUGCAGUUUGGGGGUGCGCCUGCUCUAGUCUGACACUGGAACCCCACAAGCUCUAGUUUCUGCAGAAAAAUUACCAGGGAGGGGGACAACCCACCCCAAAUUCCCCAUUCCUAGGGAGAAAACAAAACCCACAGCCACCCCGCUACUGAGCCACAGUUGACGACUGGAGAACUAUUUGUCUGACAGCUGGUGUGGUCCCUGCCCCUUUGAGCUGGAACGGGUGGCAUGCAUAGUAAAGAUGCUGGUUAUUUGAAAAUGACGACAUUCGGCCACCCUCCGUCUACCACCCUGCUGAGGCUGAGCUUGCCUGCUUUCCUGAUGCGACACGGCAGGUUUUAGCCGGCUGUUUCUGCAAAGGACUACUGUAAUUCCCCUCUUUCCUCCUCUUAGAGCCGGCGAGUCCCUCUCCACCGAAUUGCGGUUCUGGCUGAUGUCCAAGUGAGAGGGGGACUGUGCCAGGCAGGCUGGGAGGAGGAGGAGGAGGAGGAGGAGGACGGGGCCAAUGACAUGACUCAGACGAGCUCUUCUAAUUAUAAAGCACAGCCGGGGGUGGGAUGGAGUAUUUAAAGGUGUCGCACUUCUUCCUACACUUCAGCCCAGCAGGACACACACAGCAGGCUUCGGACUCGGGGUGAUAACUCUCUCUGCCCCAGUUGAAAUGAGGAGUGCAGAAUAUGGCACCUGCUCUGGUAGAAAAACCUGACCAAAGAGAGGAUUCAAAUUCGCAUGUGGAGAAGCCGAGGUCCUCUGGCACAAUGACUUCUGAAUGCAAAGAAGUUGAAGUUGGAAGCACCGUUGUGAACGGCUUGGUGCUGAGCAGUAAUGGACAAGACAGAGCGAAUGAUGUCCCUUUAUGUUCACGCUCUGUUUCUGCUGUUAAAAUAAUUCCCGUGAAGAAAGUGAAAAGUUCUCCUGGUCUAGUGUUGCCGACAGACCUGGAUCCUGCCAAAGUCUGUACUGGAAAGGGGGCUGUGAGCCUCUGGGCAUCUCCCACCUAUGAGGAGAAUCGGAGCGUCAGUCCUACAAGUCAUUCACAAGACGUCCCCCACUCUGAAAGUGUAGAGCCAGGAACACCCGAAACAGAUGAUUGCAGGUUACCGCUUAGUGUCGACUCCAAUGGGGGUGCUGAGUCCUCUGCUCUGGCGGCCAAGGGCUACCGCAGUGUGCGGCCAAACCUCUCUGAGAGCAAACCACACACCCCUUCUCCACCCCACCCCUCUCCUCCAAACGAGGGGAGCUUUGCAUGGCGACCUCACACCGGCACCGCGAUAACUGUCCUGCAGCCCGUUCCCCUAACGGACCGUGUACACCCUCACACACCCAAGCCGCAUUUGCGACCCAGCCUUGAGGGCCGGCCCAGUUUUUCCUCCUCGCCCAAACCCUUCGUUGCUGCUCCCUACAAAUCCGCUAGCUCGAUCCCCGCAGACGGGGAGUUGCAUGUUGGGCGGCCGCGGCCGGGAAGUCACUCCUUGUUGUUAUCCGACACGUCACCCGAGCACCAAAACACCCUGGCGCUUGCUAAGGAACAUCCGAGUGGUAAAGCCGGACUGAAACCCAACCACGAAACCAGAGCGGAGAAAAAGGUCAGCAGUCUAUAUGUAGCUUGUUUAUCUAACAGCACUUGUUCGGCUCCCUUUGGAAAUUCCACCGCCCGUUCAGAUGUCCAAACACAAGGCACCCGUUUUGGAGCUGAGGUCACUCUGGCACCAGCCUUCUCCCAUGCUUCCUCUGUAACAGAUACUGGAAAGUCUCUUCCUCCUCCUCCUCCUCCUGCCCCUCCCAGACCAUUCUUUAAUAUUGUUCUCAGUGGAGACUCAGUUAGUUAUGAUCAGAGCCAUCCCUCCAGGACUCCACAGGCUGCUGGCAACACAAAGGCAGACUCCCCACAUACGACUUGCAGUGAGGACAGGAUGAGAAAGGAACCAUUCAUUGCUCAGCCGCCGCCGCCGCCGCCAUCCCAGCAACAUCCAUGCAAGGCAAAGGAACAUGGCAGGGAUGCGACUUGCUCUGGCACCACCACCCCAGCUCAUACAGAGGUUAUAGUAGUGCCAUUCCAACAGGUUUACCCAGACAGAGGGCAAGAAGCCAGCUCAAGCACACCUCCACCGCCUCUCCUGCCAUGUGGCCAAAGCUCGGCAUUCUCUGACAGCACUCCUGCUCCCGGCUUGCUCCUGACCUUCCCGACAUUAGACGAUUUCAUUCCCCCUCACCUUCAGAAAGGUUCCCAACAUAACCAGCCGUCCUCUUCGCCGGGGAUCGUGCCCCAUGUUCGCCCGAAACUGCCUUCACUGUCGCCACCACCGCCACCUCCUCCUCCUCCUCUGCUGAUUCCUCCCGUCACGGAGGUCUCAGACAGUGUGUCGGAGCCCGAGAGCACAGGAAUGAUCUUGCGCACAGAGCCCUGUCCUCUGCUCCAUGAAGCGCCUAGGUCCAGCAGUGGCACAGAGUGCUAUGGCUCCCUAACUCUCACCAGCAAACCCACCUCCGGUUACCCCUCCACAACCAUUGUCAACCCGACCAUCGUCCUUUUGCAACACAACAGAGAACAACAAAAAAGGCUUAAUAAUAGCCUAUCAGAGCCAGCGAUAGAUGUGCCACUAGCUGAUCAAGUAGAUUAUAUGCCUGUCCAAGGAAAGAUGAGCCAAAGCAAGAAACAAGCAAUGGAGGAACAGAAGAAAGUAAUUCAGAGUCCGCAGUACAUGACCGAUUCCUCGCCGGAUGACAUAGGCAUUCCAUUAAGGAACACGGACCGAUCAAAGGACUGGUACAAGACAAUGUUCAAGCAGAUCCACAGGCUGACGAAAGACCCUCCCGAAGAAAACCCUUAUUGCCCUACCUACAAAUUCCCCGAACUUCCUGAUAUCCAGCCCCAAACCAAAGAAGAAAAUCCUUAUUCUCCUACCUACCAGUUUCCUGUGUCUACUCCUAGCCCUAAAUCUGAAGAUGAAGAUUCCGAUUCCUAUGUGCCUCAGUACUCCUUUUACAAAGACACAAGAGCACAAACUUCAGUACCCCGUUCCAAGAGCGAGAACAACACGAUUGACAUGGAGAAAGUGGUCAAGAGAUCGGCCACUCUGCCCCUGCCAGCUCGUACCUCUUCUCUUAAACCGAGCACUGAAAGGAAUGAUUGGGAGCCUCCGGACAAGAAGGUGGACACAAGAAAAUACCGCGCUGAACCUAAAAGCAUUUAUGAAUAUCAGCCAGGAAGGUCCUCGGUUCUGAACAAUGAAAAAUUGACUCGGGAUAUAAGCCCAGAAGAGAUAGAUUUAAAGAAUGAGCCUUGGUAUAAAUUCUUUUCGGAAUUGGAGUUUGGGAAGCCGCCUCCAAAAAAGAUAUGGGAUUAUACUCCGGGAGAUUGCUCUAUCCUUACUAGAGAGGAUAGGAAGACUGACCCAGAAAAAGACAUCUACCUCUAUCAGACUGAGUUAGAGGCAGAUAUAGAAAAAAUGGAGAAAAUGUAUAAAGAUAAGAAGCAGAUGAAGAGUACGACAGGCUCCUCUCCUCCGGAAACUUCCUCGGAUCAUUUGCCUCACUCACCGUCCUCCCCCAGCUACCAUCCUGCAAAGAGAGAGUUUGAAGCAGCUCUGGGAGAUGCCAGCGGGCUGGAAAAUGAAAGGCAAAUAUACAAAAGUGUAUUAGAAGGUGGUGAUAUCCCGUUGCAAGGGCUAAGCGGUCUCAAACGUCCCUCCAGCUCGGCUUCCACUAAAGUAGAUUCAGAAUCACCAAGGCAUUUUGCACCACUUGAUUACAUGGAGAGUCCUGAAGAAUUUUCCCGCAGGCGCUACAGUGAUAAAGAGAGACUUUUAGAGGACCAGAGACGGCUUAGACGUGAGCAAGAAGAGGCUGACAUUGCAGCUAGAAGGCACACAGGGGUCAUUCCUACGCACCAUCAAUUUAUCACUAAUGAGCGGUUUGGGGACCUCCUAAUUGUAGACGAUACCGCAAAAAGGAGAUCUGGGUCAGAGAUGAGAGCUGCCAGAGCGAAGUUUGACUUUAAAGCCCAGACGCUCAAGGAGCUCCCAUUGAAGAAAGGGGAUGUUGUUUACAUUUAUAAGCAAAUUGAUCAGAAUUGGUUUGAAGGCGAACACCAUGGCAGAGUUGGAAUUUUCCCACAAUCAUACAUAGAGCUACUCCCUCCCACAGAAAAAGCUCAGCCUAAGAAAACAUCACCAAUACAAGUCCUGGAAUAUGGAGAAGCUAUUGCCAAGUUCAAUUUCAAUGGUGACACUCAAGUGGAAAUGUCCUUCAGAAAGGGCGAGAGGAUCACACUGAUUCGGCAAGUGGACGAAAACUGGUAUGAAGGGAAAAUCCCCAGCACUCACCGCCAAGGCAUCUUCCCGGUCACAUACGUGGACAUUUUCAAGCAGCCCGUGCUGAAGAACACACUCGACUAUGGCAGCUUGUCGUUCUGCCACUCCCCAAACCGCAGCCUGACAACAUCCCCGCAGUCUCCCAGUUCUGAGCUGCUUUUCACCCCAACUCCUCCCCCUUUGCCCCCCAUGCGCCCAGCCCCGUCUCCCGAGUUGCAGGCCGUCACCUCCGAGUGGAUUUCCCUGACCUUGGGGACGCCCCGUGGCCACGCUCCCCCCGUCACCCCUCCAUUACCACCUCUUCCUGACGCCUCUCUCUUCAACGUCGACUAUCUCACCCCUUCGGCGGUGGCCAGCCCCUCGCCUUCCAUCAGCCUCCAUCCCUCUAACAUGUCCAGUUCCUCGACCCCUACCUCUAUCAUUUCCCCGCUGCCUCCGUCCCCGUAUGAGCCUCAGUCGCCCACCCAAAAUGUCAGCCUGGCGGCUCGGCAGAGCGGAGAGAGGUUUGCUAGCUCCCCUUCCCCACAAACGAGCUACUGCGAUUCGCCUUGCUCUGUAGUUGGCAGCCCCGACAGCUUCCUCUCAGAGCUCAGCGAUGCCACUGAACGCCAAGGCAAGUUGCAGAAGAACCAAGGACCGAGACGGAGAAUUGAGAGGGAGGAUUGCAUUGCAGCCGACAGAAGUUGCGGUGGCAUCCCUGAGAUCUGUAGGGCGAGGUGCCUGUCAGAGCUGGAGAAGGCCGUUAGCUCACAAAAGAAAUCUCUUCGCACCACUGACGAGAGCACGCUGUAUCAGGAGCAGGGAGGUAGCUCCAGGUGCAAUUAUAAGCAAGUUGAACAGAGGGGAAAUCAAAGCAGGCCCUUCAAGUCUGUCAACGCAAAACCAUUCUCUCCAUCUGCUCUUCUGUCUCCCUCUGCAAUUUCUUCCUUUGCGGUUAGAACGCAAGCACCUCCCAGACUCUCACGCACGGUCAACGUCCCACAGCCUUCUCAUCAUUCAUUGAGGCCAGGACCAGAUCUCACAGAAUCUGAAAAGAGCUAUGUGGAAACCGUUUGCAAUGAGAUCUUACACAUUGCGGAAAAGUCCGUUCAUUACUGCAGCACAAUUUCUCAGCCUCUUGUCUCUUGCCACAAGGGGCCCCAUAGUGACAAUAAAUCAUCUUUCAUCAUUUCUCAGCAACCGCAAGUCCUGCCGCUGGGAACAAGCCUCGACCGGAACCACGCGCCACAAGAUAUGCUUAGCUACCAAGCACUGUACAGCUAUGUACCGCAGAAUGAAGAUGAGCUGGAGUUGAGAGAUGGAGAUAUCAUAGAUGUCAUGGAGAAGUGUGAUGACGGCUGGUUUGUUGGCACCUCCCGGAGAACACAACAGUUUGGUACUUUCCCAGGCAACUACGUGAAACUUGUAUCUUCAUAAAAGCCAUUGCUAGCCCGUUGGUGAUUUCACCAGGAGAGAGAGACAGACAGACAGACGGACGGACGGACGGACAAAGAGAAGGAGCUGGGUUUGAAACUGUAAGAAAAAAAUGUUCAGAAAAGACUUAUUUCAUGAAUGUAGCCGACAAGCGAGGAGACGCUGGAUGUGAAUGUGGUAAAGUGUUGGACUGACUCGAAGCCCUUGCCUCCUUUGAAGAUUGACCAGAGCAAAGUGCCGAGCCGCUUACACUGCUGCCUUUGUGUCUGCGUUUAUCCUUCAGGGGCGGCAAUAUAAGACUUCGCUUUCGUUCAGUAUUGGGUAUUCACUCUCCGCGGUGUGAAACGGGGGGGGAAAGCAAUGAGAUGGAAGUGUGAAAUAAUGUGAGCAGGGUGGGGAGGGGAAGAGAACACGAGAACAGUGAAUGCUUUUUGGUUGCAGACUCUUGUGACUGCAGUCCGGCUGGCAGAGGGUGAAGUUGGUGUCUCAUCCUGCUAAAACGUCGUGCAGCUCGUUCCCUUCCUUUGGAAUGUGCACCUUAACGCAUAUGAUGAGGGGGCAAGGAAUUUACGGAGACCCGUUUUAUAUAGAAGGGCACAUUGCCAAGAUCACCCUCCCGUUAUCUUUUUAAUUCACUACACAAGAUUUAAGCAGGCUUUUCUGUGUUUCCUAUUCCCCAUUUUAUUGAGGCUGCAAUCUUCUAUUUUGUUUUACUGGUCAGUUGGCCGUAAGAAACCUACUUUUACUGCACUUAACUAAAACAGCAGGUAAGGCGGCGGUCUUGACACUGUGCCUUGAGGCAGACGAAAAGAAUUGAGCCCGGAUCUUUGAUUGGUCAUUAAGAUUUGGCGUUACCGGCAGAUAAAACGUUGUAUUCUGUUCUGCUUGACAUUAUCCAGCCACGUUCUAGGCAUUUUGACCCAGCUUUUCCACACAUAUCCUAAAGUUCUGCCCACUGCAUGUUCUGGGCCGUAUCUACUCAGAAUGCUAUCUGCACAAGCUUCCUAAAGCUACAUUUCUCCCAGCGGCAGUUUGUGCUGAAUGCCAUUUCCAGUGGUUUGUGCCUUUGUGAGAAUUUAGUGCAUACUUUUUGUGUGUGCUUUGGAUGAACACUGCAUUUUAAAAAAAAACCCCACACCAAUUGUGUGCAUUUUAAAGCAUAACUGUUGCCACUAAUGCUUCCCUGUCCUCUUAACUGGAAUAGCUCCUGCCGGAGGAUUUAUUUGGAUGUCAAAUGCAGUGAUUCCGGGUAUUAGUCCCUUGAUUUCCUAAGUGGACUCCUACCAGCCCAUGUGGCAGACCAGACGAUUGGUAUGGUAAGAAAAAGUGAUCCAUUCAUUCACAACUCUCUACCUUUUCUCUUUUUGCACUUGCUUCUUACAUGUCUGGCUUAGCACCAAAUAAUAUAGCAAGCAGCCAGACUCUAUCAAGGCAUCCUUCUCAGUUGUGGGAUAUAUUCUGGCAAAAUAUAUUCCUGGAUGUGCCUUUUUAGAAUUGGUGGCAAAUGGGAUUUUUCUGCCUGUCUUUUUGAAAAGAAACACAGAAAAGUACAAGCAACCUGCAUUUCUGGAUUUCCAAAGCCACUUUGUUUUGGGUCUCCUUGAAUUGACAUUUCUCUGACUGCAAUCCUUUGCACACUUACCAGGGAGUAAAGCCCCAUUGUGUUCAGUGGAAUUUAAUUCUGAGUAAGCAUGCAUAGAAUUCCAGUGCCAAUUUCCCAAACUUUGCACUUCCAUGCAAAAUGAACCUGUUUUUUUUCCCAUAGUCAUUUUGUUUAAAAAGAAAAAGGGGCCAUGGACAAGUACAACUAGCAAAGAUUUAGAUUGCGAUUUUGUCAUAAGCUGUAUUUAUUAAAUAUAAAAGUCCUAUUUUUCUGCUGGUGCUUUUAUACAGUUUAUUCAUAGUAACAGCAACUAACUCACUGAGGUCAGCAUGUUUGCAGUUCGUUGUAUUAAUAGCCAUGCUCCAAAAUAGCAGGAUUUCUCUUUUGCUGACUCUUCCCCACCCCCACCCCCACAAGAUCAGCCAAAAAAAGUCAAAUGAAGUGCUUUCAUAUUAUGAUUGUAUAUAUGUAUAUUUGCCUUUGUAUAGACUUACAAAUAACUUAUAUUGAAGAAAAUUAAAUUCAUUGAAAGCUUUUUAAAAAGGGCAGUAAAGAAGACUUUUCCACUUUUAUUUAUAUUAAGUAAUAAUUAUUCCAUGUACGGAUCACAUUAAAUAUGAGGGGUUAGCAAAAUUAUAGCUCAAUUACAACUAAGCCACAAAAUGCUGCUUCCAUUCAUUUGGAGAGCUGACGUUUUCAUAAUUAAGGAUUGUUACCGCUUGAGUCCCACUGAAAUGAUUUACAGUCUCCUGCAGCUCUUGCAAACCUGCACAGGAAAGGGUCCCAGAGAAUGGCUUCCCUAACGUAUUUUAAUGGGUUUCUAAUGCUUUUUUAUUUGCAUUUUUAUCUGAAGCAGCGUUUUAGACGUGGCAUUAAAAUGGAAAAAGGAUUGGAUAGGUGCAAAUUAUUAGCUUAACCAUAUUGGCCGUAUGUAACCAUCUCGAUGCCAUUUUUAGUUUUAAUACACACAUGCGUGUUCCAUGCUCACCCAUCAAGAAGUCACUUUUUGCGUUUUGUUUCCUCAUUGCAGUGGAUUAUUAUUUGACAAUAAAUGGAAAGAUUGAAUUAAAA